UCAAAAAUUUACCGCAAAAUAAACAAGUGAUUGUGUGAAGUGACCGAAGGUGAAUUCCGCCGUCAACCUGAAGAAUAUUUUCCUGUGUUACCCGUCCCGGAAAAAUCGGUUCAAAGUGGCCGCGGAAAAGAAGGAAGCUGGUGGUCCUCGUGCCAGCAGCCCACAGAAAACUCCGCCGUCUAAUACGCGGCGGACUUCAGUAUCGUCGCCAGCGCCACCAGCCCGGCGUUGCUCGCCCACGCCUCCACCUCGGACGACGAGGACUCCCGUUACUAACGGUGGUGGUCUCGGAGAUAUUAUGACUCCGACGGCUGUCCCUACGGCCAACACGCCUCCGGGCGUCCUGAACUGGGCACCGAUACUGUUUCCCUCGGCCUGGAAUCCGGCGCUGCUUCCGGCACUUUAUCCAGCCGCCCUGCGAUCGCUUCCCGGAUUCUUGGACAACAUGAAGCUGCCGCAGUCCCAGCGAACUACCCACACCGGGUCCGGUUUCCACAUCAGUGACAUUCUUGGCCACAAGGACAAACAGCCAAAGCUCUCCGCUGCGGAUCAUGAGGAUAGUACCAGCGAUGAAAUUCAUCGUCACAAUCACAGCAACCUGGCGAACGACACCGACAGUAACCAUGGCAAUGUGACGCCCGGCCACAGCGACGAUGACAGCAGCAGUCACAGUCAACUGACAGCCGGUCGUCGACAGAUACGAUCUGCGAACAACGGUAGCGAGCCGCUAUCAUCGCCGGAGCUACUGGAGAGCAAAGCAAGCUUGCGGUCAACCCUCGCGGAAGACUUGCAUGCCCGAUUCACCACGCUACCUGCCUAUCAUCCCCACCAUCCCCAUCACCCGCUCUUCCCGGCCGCUGCCCGCCCCUGGCUGUACGAAACGUGCAACACCCUUAAUGCAUCCCACACACAGCACGGGCACCAGCAGCGAUUGGCUCAGCAGGUCAGUCCGGAUAGUACCGGAUCGCCGGUGCACUCGGAGCAAUCGUACCACGGCUUGGGAGGAGGCUCCGGUGGAAGCGGAUCCGGCAUCAACGGUCAAUGUCCGAGGACACCGAGCCCGACGGACAGCGAAAGGCAACAGUUGAAUGCGGAUGGCAACACUGAACAUUCGGACGAUGUAGACAUCGAAGAAGGCUGCGACGAUGAGAUCGAUAUGCUGGAAGAUACCGAAGACAACCCGACCGAACGAUUGACCAACGGGAUCGGACACAAGAAGAGGAAACGGCGGGUUCUGUUUUCGAAGGCUCAGACCUAUGAGCUGGAACGGCGGUUCCGGCAACAGCGGUACCUGUCCGCUCCGGAACGGGAACAUUUGGCAUCGUUGAUCCGGUUGACUCCGACCCAGGUCAAGAUCUGGUUCCAAAAUCAUAGAUACAAAACGAAACGGGCGGCGCACGAGAAGGGUUCCAUGGAUCCAGGAGCACAUCAAGCCGGAGGUCUUCCGUCACCCCGUCGGGUAGCGGUUCCGGUGCUGGUUCGGGAUGGGAAACCCUGCCUCGGCGGAGGCAAACCGCACGAUAUGUUGGCUGCCGUCCAGACGGCUCACCUACAGCUUCCGCCGGGCUUUCAACAUGCCAGUUUACUCCACCAUGCCGCCAGAUGGUGGCCCUAGUCGGCUCGUGUUGUCAGCUCUCCGGAUGUAAAUAGUUUAUCUUUAAAGUCGUAGUACAAUUCGUAUCGUCGGUCACUUUCAAUGUUGUAGAUGUAAAUCAAAAUCACAGAUUUUAGUCUAACAAAAAAAAAAGCUAUACAGGAGGCAGUUUUCCCUAGGUCGAAAGCAAGAGUCUAUUUAAUUAUAUUUAGUUAAUUUAUAAGAAUGAGUUCAGCGGAUCGCAUUGUUAGACUUGGCAGCACUGCAAUAAACAGUAAUGAUCCAAGUAACCAUUGAACAUCUGUUGACUGAAGGCACGCCAUCGUAGUAAGCUGAGUUGCUAAGUUAAAAACCUUGGAAAAAUAAAUAUUAUCGCAAAUCAAUCUGGAUCAUUCUAUACUCUCAAGCAUAUAAGUAUGUGAUACAAUGUACCGGAAGAAUUAAAAUCAUAAAUAAAUUCUCCCAUUUGAAUGGACAAAAAAAAA